AGAGAGAGAGAGAGAGAGAGAGAGAGAGAGAGAGAGAGAGAGCGUUUGAACGCAAAGAAAGAAGCGAAUGGAGGGGGCAAUAAAAGCUAAGAGUCGUCCUAGCCUGUUGGACCCUUUGUCGUCCCCCCAUGGCCUUUAUCUUAAGGUAAGCAAUGAAAGGUUAUAGAAAGGACGAGAAAACACAGAGAAGCUUCAACGUCUCGGUCACUCUGCUUUUAUCCAAACACAACCACAAAUGCUGCUACGGAACUCUAUAGCGAAGACGAAGAGGUUCUUCCAAAGAACCGUCGAAAGCUUUAAGUCUUUACUAUCCGGUGGCUACGAGAAGCUACCCAAGACCCCAACCUGCAACACCUGUUCUUGUACCGGUGGUGUCAAUGUCCAUUCCCAUCGAAGCUUUGGAGAGAUGGACAAUUUUUAUGGAGAUUUCGUGGCCAACCGAUGGGAUUCCUCCGAUCCAGAAAGAGGUAAACAACAACCCAUUGGGCAGGAGGAAAUCUACGGAGGAAGCUUUUUGAAGUUUGAAAAACAGAGUCCGGUGAAGAUCAGGAAUGAAGAGAGAAGAAGAGAAACUGGGAAAGAAAUCAGGAGAGUCGAUAGCCGGAAAAGCCAUGGAGGAGGUGGAGGAGAGAUGGGUUUUCAGAGUCUCAGUGAGAGUAAUGUGAAGGAAGGAGAGGGUUAUUUGGUGGUGGUUCAGAAGCUUAAGGAGUUGGAGAUGAUGGACGCGAGCGACAUAGAACAUGUGUUGGACAUUGAAGAGGUUAUCCAUUACUAUUCCCGGCUCACUUGCCCUGCCUACCUCGAUAUCGUCAACAGGUUCUUCAUGGAAAUGUACUCUGAUUUCUUCCUUCCUCACCCACCUUCCUCUUCGUCCUCCUCCGUCAAUAACCACCACUCCCGGCGGCCCAAAUUCUGAUGUCGCCCCGCCCCCCCUUGAUUUCUUGAAUGCCAAAUGCUAAUUUCAUUUCUGUGUGUUAUUUUUUAUCUCUGUUUACUUAUUUGUGAAGGGAUUUUUGUUUCCCAGAAACCAGAUUUGGUUUAUUUAUGAAGGGAUUUGUUCAUCUUUGUUCUUGUUUUUUGUUUUUUUUGGAAGAUCUGUCGGAGGGAAGGGUCAGAGGUAUAUGCGGCUCGCACCACUUACAGGAAGGGACCAUGAAUGUAGCUUUUUGUGUCUUCUGGUUUUGUGACUGUAAGGCUGGAAAUUGUAUUUGAUGAUUGGCUUUAUCCUUCAGAAUUCCGUAACACCAAUCUUCAUAA